UCGUUUCCGCCGCAUUGCAGAGACACAAACAAGAGCGCGCACCGAGAGGCGAUAAUUGCAGAUUAGAGCCCUUCUUAUAUAUUUAUCUUAUUUUGUUUUUGUGCGAGGCGACAACCCUUCUGCUCGCUUUGUUGCUGCGAGCAAACCGCGUGAGUGGCACUGACCCCGAUAGACGACGCACCAGUCUUUCUUUCUUUAUGGUGGAGCGGUGCGCACUCGUCGCUGCCGCCGCCAGACCGACGAAACGCUACCGCGGGUUUCAUCAGCCGUUUUCGUCUCACUCGCGGCCGCGCUCAGUCGCCUCCGUCUGCUGGCCACGCCAACAUGAGACUCAGAUAGCGCCGAGCUUUUUCUCUCCUAGACUCUUCCUGCACCGCCUUCAAACGUUCGAGCCGAUCAGCCGCUGGGUCGAAAUGAGCUCCCAGGGCCUGUGGGUUUUUGGCUACGGCAGCCUCUGCUGGGAUCCUGGCUUCGAUUUCGAGCAGGCCCACAUCGGCUUCAUCAAGGGCUUCCGACGCACCUUUGCCCAGGGCAACACGCACCACAGAGGAACCAAAGACCAGCCUGGCCGAGUAGCAACCCUGGAAGAGCAUCCCAACGGCAUAGUUUGGGGCCGCGCGUACCUGCUGCGCGGGGAGGCGGCCGUAUCUUACUUGGCGCAACGCGAAUGUCUUCUCGGCGGCUACGCAACGCACUUUUCGGCGGUGUGGCGGCCACAGGCGGCCAGCGGGCCAUUGGCCCCUGAAUGGCGGGCCACUGGGUUCGGACGGUGGACGGCGCCGGCGGCCGAGCAGCUUACGGCGGCCGCUUUGGUCUACGUGGCCACGCCGGACAACGCCAUGUGGCUUGGAGAGGCCACGGCCGUCGAGAUGGCCGAGCAGAUCUGCGCGGCCGCCGGUUUCAGCGGCCACAACGCUGACUACGUGCUCAACCUGGCAAAGUUUGUCCGAGAGCACUGCCCCCACACCGACGCACCCUUGCUGCAGCUGGAGGCGGAAAUUCGGAGGCGGCGGCCCUUUGGCGCCGUCCUCUAUAAAAGACUCCCCCUUGCCAGGCCGGCCCACGCGGCCGAAGAGGAUCGGCGGCCACCCAGCGAAACGGAAUACUCGAAACGAGUGCCGACGAAAAAGCUGCGCUGCCUCAAUAUGUACUGAAAAAGCUGCUUUUGUGAUAAUUUAUUUUUCGUAAAAAAAAUCUCCAGGGCACGUGAAUAUAUAAGUGAAAUAUUUUAAAGAAGAAAGUGACCCUUAAUCACUAUACAUAUUUAGCACAAUCAAGAGUGCGUUCGACAAAUUUCCAUGCAGUAUUUUGGUUACGUUUACGCGACCGCUGCUUAUAUUGUUGAUUUUUCUAAGCGUUCAUCUCAUAUCUCGCGCGUUUAAGCUGUGAAUUUUUGUACGCUGAAAUAUUUUAAAAUAAAACCUUUUAAUUUUGACUAUAAGAAACCAAAGAAUUUUAAACUGGAUUCUCAUUUACAUCACGAGUUCGUAACCCCAAUAUUCAUGAUUAUUCAACCAAGUUGCGUCUUAUUUUAUCCAUUUUAUCAUCUGAUUUUUUUUUGCAUAACUUGCUCCUAAUUAAAAUAGUUUGUUUUGAUCUCGACGCGAGACUUUGAUCAGACUCAGCUGCACAAACAAAUGGCGCAUGGAGAACUGGACAGAUCCAGUUAUAAUGAUCGGUAUUAUACUCUUUAACCCAACAAGUUCAAAGCCAUAAAUAAUAACACACGCCACUUAGGACAUCAGGAAAUUAUGUAAUCAAUCAAUGUUGCUUUUUUGUUUGCCUCAUGAUAUGGUUUUUUGUUACUAAUGUCCCGAUUUUGUCAUAGUCAGUUUUUUUGUGGUUAAAUGUAUCAUCAGCUAAGCUUUAAAAUAUUUUCUUAUUCAUUCUCAUUCAUAAUUUUGCAAUUAUUGUUUUUAGGUGUGUAAAAAAGAAAUCCUCUGAUUUCAACAGAAACCUUUCAAAUUUGUCAAUUACUUACAAUUAGUAUAAUCAAAAGCAUUAAAUUACAUUUGAUGGUAGUUAAAAAUCUAUGUUGGACUUUUUUAUAAAAUUUCAGAGCAAUCAUGUAAAUUUUUUUUA